AUGUCUAAGACUUCAUCUAAAAAAAGAUAAUAUGUCAAAAUCUCAAAAAAUGAAAAGCAAUCCUUACUUCAAUUAGUCUUCUAUAAUGGAAUGAAAAUUAGAGAAGUAAUAACAUUAUUAACAAUUAGGCUGCCUAGAAAUUGAACUUAAAAUAUGCUGCUGCUAAAACCUUUGUUCUAUAAUUUAGAAAAAAAUUAAUAAGAAAAGAAUUUAAUUACGCUUCUGAUAAACCUUGUUAAACUUGUCCUAGAAGAGAUGAGAAUACUACAUUUAAAAUCAUAUCAUAGAUUGGAGGAAAAGAAAUCAGUUCAAAAACUUACAUGUACAAUUGA